ACGCCUGCCUUGGUUGGGACAGGAAUUGUUUCCUCAGUGUUCUGGAGUAAUUUUCUUUUCUCUCCAGGCAUAUCUUUACUCCAGGAGGGAAGAUGGCGUCAGUAGCAGUGGAUCCACAACCGAGCGUGGUGACGAGGGUGGCCAACCUGCCCUUGGUGAGCUCCACCUACGACCUGGUGUCCUCCGCUUAUGUCAGUACAAAGGAUCAGCACCCGUAUUUGAGGUCAGUGUGUGAGAUGGCGGAGAAGGGUGUGAAGACCGUGACCUCAGUGGCUGUGACAGGCGCACUGCCCAUCAUCCAGAAGCUGGAGCCACAGAUUGCAGUCGCCAAUACCUAUGCCUGCAAGGGGCUAGACAGGAUGGAGGCAAGGCUGCCUAUUCUGAACCAGCCAACAUCUGAGAUUGUUGCCAAUGCCAGAGGUGCCGUAACUGGGGCGAAGGAUGUAGUGACGACUACCAUGGCUGGAGCCAAGGAUUCUGUAGCCAGCACAGUCUCAGGGGUGGUGGAUAAGACCAAAGGAGCAGUUACUGGCAGCGUGGAAAGGACCAAGUCUGUGGUCAAUGGCGGCAUCGAUACGGUUUUGGGGAUGGUGCAGCUCAUGAGCAGUGGAGUGGAAAAUGCAAUUAGCAAGUCGGAGCUGCUGGUAGACCGAUACUUCCCACUCACUCAGAAGGAGCUUGAGAUGGAAGCAAAAAAGGUGGAAGGAUUUGAUAUGGUUCAGAAGCAAAGAUACUGUGAACGGCUGGAGUCCCUGUCUACCAAGAUCUGCACCCGGGCCUAUCAUCAGGCUCUCGGCAGGAUCAAAGACGCCAAACAAAAGGGCCAGGAGACCAUUUCCCAGCUCCACUCCACUGUCCAUCUGAAUGUGCACAGUGCUAACCAGAAAAUUCAGGACAAGCUCUCUGUCUCAUGGGUGGAGUGGAAGAGAAUCGUCGGCUACGACGACACUGACGAGUCCCAUUGUGCUGAGCACAUCGAGUCACAUACUCUGUCUAUGGCCCGCAACCUGACCCAGCAGCUCCACACUACAUGCCAGACGCUCCUGUUCAACGUCCAAGGGUUACCACAGAACAUUCAAGACCAGGCCAAACACUUGGGGGUGAUGGCAGGUGACAUCUACUCGGCGUUCCGCAAUGUUACCUCCUUCAAGGAAGUGUCUGAUGGCGUCCUCACUUCUAGCAAGGGGCAGCUGCAGAAAAUGAAGGAGUCCUUAGAUGAAGUUAUGGAUUACCUUGUUAACAACACGCCUCUCAACUGGCUGGUAGGUCCCUUUUAUCCUCAGUCUACCGAGGUGGACAAGGCCAGCCUGAAGGUCCAGCAGCCUGAGCUCAAAACUCAGUAAACUGCUCUUGUCACCAGUGUAUGAUGUUGCUGACCAGGUGGCACCUUUUAUUUUUUAUUGUAUUGAAAUUAACCUGAUUAGAUUAGAAAAGCAGCUAGUUUGAACAAAGGUCCUUAUUAUGGUCAUUCACAGCUCACUUAUGGUCGUGCCCCCGCUGGCCCUGACACAUGAGUUCUUCUUACCCAGCUGGUAUGUGGAGUGUGUUAGUUUUGUGAGGACCUCACCAGAACCUUAAAGUUCAGGUGCGCUUACAGUCUUGUCCAUGGCCUUUGUGUUCUUAUUGGCUGUAAAUGUCUGUCUGUACCGAAUAAAGAUUUGUUCAUGUGGCCUCUGCUCUGAAUGGGCAUCUGCUCCUGUGUGGUCUGAGCAGGCUUCAUCACUGUUUCCCUCAAGGCAUGUUCUUGUGCGGCUUGAAUUUAGUUUUUUUUUUCCAUGUGAAGAAAUACCACCUUUGGACCCAAUAAAAUUCAUAACAGGGUAGAGCGUU